AUGCUGUCAGCACUGACGGCUCUCUUCGCAGCUGGCGCCCUCGCGGGCCCGCUGGGCGAAAUGCCAGCCUACCGCAGCCUGUUCAACGAGUUUGCCUCGACGACCUGCCCGUCCACCUCGCAGCAGUCGUGCCACAACACCACGGUGCAGACGAACCUGUGCUGCUUCAACGCGCCCGGCGGCGCGCUGCUGCAGACGCAGUUCUGGGAUACCGACCCCGUGACGGGUCCGGACGACAGCUGGACCAUCCACGGUCUCUGGACCAUGUGGGUGUCCAACAGCGGCACGCCCGAGACCUUCUGGGAGCACGAGUGGAGCAAGCACGGGACGUGCAUCUCGACGCUGGACCCGAGCUGCUACACGUCGUACACCAAGGGCCAGGAGGCCUUCGACUUCUUCACAAAGGUCGUCGCCCUCUUCAAGACCCUGCCCACCUACACCUGGCUCAGCGCCGCCGGCAUCACCCCGAGCUCCACCCAGACCUACACCCUCAGCGCCAUCCAGGCCGCCCUCACCAAGAACCACGGCGCCAGCGUCUAUCUCGGCUGCAGCAGCAGCGAGCUCAGCGAGGUCUGGUACUUUUACAACGUCAAGGGCAGCGUGCAGUCCGGCACUUACAUCCCGGUCGCGACGCUGAGCACGUCCACUUGCCCCUCGACUGGUAUCAAAUACCUCCCCAAGAGCGGCGGAGACGACGGAGGCGGCGGCGGCGACGACGGGACGCCCUUCUCGGGCACCGGGUACCUGAACGUGGUGUCGGGCGGGGCGCAGAACGGGUGCCUGAUCUCGGCGGGGACCUGGUACACGACGGGCAGCUGCGCGACGUACACGGCGACGGCGUCGGGCAGCGGGUUCACGCUGACGUCUUCCAAGGGCAACUGCGGCCUGUCGAGCGGCCUGUUCACCUGCGGGUCCGGCGUCACCGCCACCGUCUUCACCGCCAGCGGCAGCAACCUGGCCGCCAGCGGCAGCACCGCCUUCUCCUCCGACUCCACCCCCAGCGGCUCCGUCCAGGGCAAGGUCUACACCGGCAGCACGCACUCGGUCACGCUGACCCUGGCUUGGGAGAGCACUUGA